UAGUUAUUGUGGCGCAGCGCGAGCCUCUGGACGGCGCGCUGCAGCGGACGAGCGCUCGAGCGCAACUUCAGUCCUCAGUACUGAGCGCCGUCAGCAGUGCCAGCAAACAUAAACAAUGGCGGAGCGGCUGUGAACCCAGCUCAGCGGAUCGAAUUUGCCCCAUGGACGGGCAUUUCGCGUACAUCGACAUGGAAAACCCGACCGAAAACCCCAGCAAGGCGGCGGAGUACCUGAAAGAGCUCAAUAAAAUCAUCGAAACCCAACAGGAGUUGUUGGAGAAGCAGAAGAAUCGGAUUGAAGAGCUCGAACAGCAAGUGUGUGAUCUUUGUCAAGAGAACGCGUGCUUGAAGGAUCAGCACCAGAGGCACCUGGCCACCUGCAGACUGCAACAACAGGGCAAUAGUCACCCCACGCUGGGUGCCAUAAAGGAGAACGUGAUCCAAGAAAAGCAUGAAAGUGAGGGCUUGUGUGUAUCAAAUGUCAGACGGCACGCUUCUUUGCCCCUCGAUGUCACAUAUAACCCUGGCAACUUUAUUGUGCCGCUGUGUCGAAGAAGUUACCCCUGUCGCAAAUGGAAGUCUGCAUCUCUUGGUGUGGAAGGUGAGGCUCCGGGGGGUGAGGCGGGCCCCUCUCUAGAGAACAGUGGGGGUUACUUACGAGGGCCGGUGAGCCGCAGUGCCAUCAUCAGUGGCGAGCACUUCGACGGCCCACCACUGUACGCUCACGAGGUACGGCAGCGCCCCCGGCGACCCAAACUCCAGCAUUCCCAGUCGAUCCUACGCAAGCAGGCAGAGGAGGAGGCCAUCAAACGCUCCCGAUCACUGUCUGAAAGCUAUGAGCUCUCCACCGACCUCCAAGACAAACAGGUGGAGAUGCUGGAGCGCAAGUAUGGAGGGCGUUUUAUAACCCGACAUGCUGCACGCACGAUCCAGACUGCCUUCCGCCAAUAUCAAAUGAAUAAGAACUUUGAGCGCCUCAGGAGUUCUAUGUCGGAGAACCGCAUGUCCAGACGCAUAGUUUUAUCCAAUAUGAGAAUGCAGUUUUCGUUUGAAGGACCUGAAAAAGUCCAUAGUUCCUAUUUUGAGGGGAAGCAAGUGUCUCUUACCGACGAUGGUUCUAAACUAGGAGCCUUGGUGCAAUCGGAGCGCGGGGAAAUGGUCCCCGCCAACAUAAAGUCGCCUGUGGUCCAGAGCGAUUUCACGGAUGCCAUUACUGAGCUGGAGGACGUUUUCUCUCGACAAGUGAAGUCUUUGGCAGAGUCGAUAGAUGAUGCUCUGAACUGUCGCAGCCUACAUGGUGACGAGGGACAGCCAGAGUCAACCAGAGGUCAUCCAGACAUAGAGAAAGAGGUUACCUAUCAGGUCAAGCCUUCCCACAGCAGUGACCACCGUAAGCGAGAUGAGAUGACAGCAUCCUACAGUGAUGUGACACUUUAUAUAGAUGAGGAAGAGCUCUCCCCUCCUCUUCCUUUAACACAAUCAGUUGAAAGACCCUCUAGCACAGAGUCAGAUCUUCGUCUACGUUCAUUGAACUCCUCGCAGGAUUACUGGUCUCUAGCUCAUAAAGAUGAAAAGGGCGACACGGACACUAGCUGCCGCAGCACCCCGUCUCUGGAGUGUCAAGAGCAGAGAUUGAGAAUAGACCACCUACCCCUGCUAACUAUCGAACCUCCCAGCGAUAGCUCAGUUGAGCUGAGUGACCGCUCUGACCGAAGCUCCCUCAAAAGACAGAACGCUUACGAUCGGAGCAUCGCCAGCCAGCAGGGCAGCCCAAAACACAUCCCCUCUCACGCGCUCCCACCACGGGGACCUGCUAGAGAUGACGAGGCUCCUCGGCAUCGGCCGCGGCAGCUGGAAAGCCACCUGGCAAUCAAUGGCACCGCCAACCGGCAGAGCAAAUCAGAGUCUGACUUCUCUGACGGCGAUAACGACAGCAUCAACAGCACUUCCAAUUCCAACGAUACCAUCAACUGCAGUUCAGAGUCCUCAUCCAGGGAUAGUCUUCGAGAGCAGACUCUCAGCAAGCAGACGUAUCAUAAGGAGACACGCAACAGUUGGGACUCCCCAGCGUUCAGCAAUGAUAUAAUCCGCAAGAGGCACUACCGCAUUGGCCUGAACCUUUUCAACAAGAAACCUGAAAAAGGCAUCCAAUACCUGAUUGAGCGAGGAUUUGUCCCAGACACACCUGUGGGAGUUGCCCAUUUCCUGUUACAGAGAAAAGGGCUGAGUCGACAGAUGAUUGGCGAGUUCCUGGGCAACAGGCAGAAACAGUUCAACAGAGAUGUUCUUGACUGUGUGGUAGAUGAGAUGGAUUUCUCUGGAAUGGAGCUGGAUGAAGCCUUGAGAAAAUUCCAGGCACAUAUCCGGGUGCAGGGAGAGGCACAGAAGGUCGAGCGACUCAUUGAAGCCUUCAGUCAGCGCUACUGCAUCUGCAACCCGGGGGUGGUGCGUCAGUUUAGGAACCCAGAUACCAUCUUCAUCCUGGCGUUUGCCAUUAUACUCCUCAACACGGACAUGUACAGCCCAAACGUGAAGCCGGAGAGGAAGAUGAAACUGGAGGACUUUGUAAAGAACCUUCGCGGGGUGGAUGAUGGCGAGGACAUCCCUCGAGAGAUGUUGGUGGGCAUCUAUGAGCGAAUCCGGAAACGAGAGCUUAAGACAAACGAAGACCACGUGUCCCAGGUGCAGAAGGUGGAGAAACUCAUUGUUGGCAAGAAGCCGAUUGGCUCUCUGCACCAUGGCCUUGGAUGUGUGCUGUCCCUACCACAUCGCAGGCUGGUAUGUUACUGCAGGCUGUUCGAAGUGCCGGACCCUAACAAACCUCAGAAGUUGGGUCUCCACCAGAGAGAGAUCUUCCUGUUCAAUGACCUUUUGGUGGUCACUAAGAUUUUCCAGAAGAAGAAGAAUUCGGUGACGUACAGCUUCAGGCAGUCCUUCUCUCUUUAUGGGAUGCAGGUGCUUCUGUUUGAAAACCAGUAUUACCCCAAUGGAGUGCGUCUCACUUCAGCUCUUCCAGGCGCAGACAUUAAGGUUCUCAUUAACUUCAACGCCCCCAACCCGCAAGACCGCAAGAAGUUCACAGAUGACCUGCGGGAGUCCAUCGCAGAGGUGCAGGAGAUGGAGAAGUACAGAAUAGAGUCUGAACUGGAGAAGCAAAAAGGUGUGGUCCGUCCCAGCAUUUCCCAGAGCUCCGGUCUAAAGAAAGACACAGGAAAUGGCAACUUGAGUCGCACCAGUCUGGAUGACAGCUACGCCAUAGGUGAAGGCCUCAAGAGAAGUGCCCUCAGCAGCUCCUUACGUGACCUUUCAGAUGCAGGCAAGCGGGGGCGCCGCAGCAGUGCAGGAUCUCUAGACAGCAAUAUGGAAGGGUCCAUCAUUAGCAGCCCCCACAUACGGCGCCGAGCCACUUCCAGCCGCGACUGCCCCUCCCGCCAGCAGUCCAUCCCCAACUCCUCCUCUCUCCUAGGCUCCAUAUUCGGCACCAAGCGGGGCAAGUCGCCCUCUCUGGCUACCCAGUCCUCCCACCCCUCCCACCCAACACUCAUCUCUCACACCCCGCACCCUAUCAACCUGCACCACACGGCCCGUGAUGUCGUCACUGUCACUGAGACCCAAGCCCAGAUGCACCCCCACCACGCUCAGUUUUGCCACAUGCAGAACCCCCCUCCAUACCACCACCACCAUCACUACCACCCCCCAGCGCACAUUCAACACCCUCCCCACCAGUUCCACCCCACGCCCGGCCCCUCUUCCUCUCACAGCCACUCGCAUGGCCCCCACGGCCACGGGACGCACCGAGACCUGUCGCACCCCACCCACUCCCAGCAUGCACCUCACCACCACAGCCAGCCUCCGGCUCCUCCUCCGGCGGCCAGCAGCACCAAGCCCAAACACAGCGGCAUCAGCACUGUGGUUUGAGCCCCUCCGCAAACUCUUUCCUCUUGGGAAUGGGACCGUUUUUAGCGGGCUGACUGUUGGGCCUCUGUUUAGAUUGUAACGUGCAAACGGAUUGUUGCUGCCUACCAGGACAUGAACAAAAAGGGCACCUUGACUCACGUUUAACUCAUCCAGCGCCCGUUUCCUCUGGGAAAGGGAGCCACAAUGUGUAGCACUGGCCUUCUGGGGCGGCUAGAACUCAAAUCAUCAGUUCUUACCAGUCAUUGCUCCAGCUGUAGAGCCCCAGACAAAGCUGCUGCUGCUGCUUCUUCUUUUAGGCUCCAUUUUAGAGACUCUCAACCUUCUCGACUCUGGCGGUGAAGCAAAAGCAUGCGCAAAAGACCGUGGCAACUGUUUUCUUGUACUUAAUUACCUAAAUGCAUUAACAAAUAGCCUGCUUAUUAGUUUGCAGAAACUAUGUUUUUGCUAGAACAACGGUUUGAGAUAACAGUCUGUCGAAGUCAGUCAAAACGAGUGGUGUUCCAGUAUUUAAUGUAGCUGUAGACCACACAUUUCUGUGAUAUAGUUAGGGGACUAUAACGUGCCAAUUAUUAAAAAGCAGUGACUGAGUUAAUCAGAAAAAAAAGAAAAGAAAAAAGAUUUGCUUUGUGUAUGUCGUACAUAUAGUAUUUUGUCAAAUAAUAAUAAUAAUAAUAAUAAUAUUAGCAGCUAUUGUUAUUAUUGGUAUAGAACAAAAAUGAUCCGAAGCCUCAGAUAAAAUCUCAGUAUUCUAUGUGUACUCACGACGUAGGAGUUACUAGUUUUCACUGAUACUGAACUCAGUAGGUGGCCAAUUGAACAACGUGGAAAUCAUUGGUUGCCUUGGAGUUGGAAGAUUCUCCCGGAAUCUCCGGCUUGUGUUCGCACCACCUCCUUUGGGAUCUACGUAGCGCAAACCAAUCACAGGGACUUUGGGAAGGGGGAGGGCGGAACAAGGGAGCUCACUGAUGGAUCCUCCACGGCCUCGACUCAUCGGUCCCGGCCACUGCUGCAACAUGCUUUUAUUUUUUUAACUAUUUUUUUAGAGAUGAAUAAAACAAUAUGAAACAAAUGUACAUUUGAAGAUGUUUAUGGCAAAGCCGGUGCAAUGAAAAGGCUAUUUUGACGUCUAACAUUAGGGGUAGUGUUUGUGUCGGAGGAAAGCAGGCUGAUCGAAUUCUCUCCCCAUAUUUUAAAAGCUUAGUUUGUGCAGAGAUGUAGAUUUUUCUCAGCAGGCUGAGCGUGUGCCCUCUUCUGUGUGGAAAUGAAGUAGAUUUGAUACAUAUUCUUCUGUCCUCCUGUGAGAAUGCCUUUCACUUGCUCAGAAACACAGCUAAUGUAAUGUAAUCUAAUGUAAUGUAAACUGCAUAUAAUAUGUAGCAGUGGGUCGGAUGGAUGUGUUCUCACUCGAAACGGAUUUGAACAUGUUUUUUCACACAUAUCCCCUUUCUUGGUUCAACUUUUGACUUGUUUUGUACUGUAAGUAGAUAAAUGGUGUCGGAGCUGUGAUUCGAUGUAUUCGUUUUGCGUUUUGACGCUCUUUUAACUCAAGCACAGAGCUUCUGAACAGCACUUGUCUUUGUAAAUAAUCACUUAAUGUACAGAAACCACGGCUGAAAUGAGCUCGCUCUCUUAUACGAGACCGGUGUCAGCAGUUAUACGACAUAUGCUGUGCGUUGUUUCUCUUUUUUCUGAUUUUUUUGGUUUGUUUUUUUAAACUAAUCAUGUGCAAUAUAUAUGUUUCGGUUUUGUAAAUUCAGAAUUUCAACCAGUUGUUUGGUUUGUUUGGUUUUGUUAUAUCAUAUUUCCAACAUCAUAUAGCCUACGUCUGACCCCAUAUUGUUUCUCGCCCACACCGACAACUUGUUCUCCCUGAUCUCUGUUUUACCUGCAACCUACAGUCAGGAAUGUCAGCUAAAGUACUCUUGCAUGUAUAUUGUACAAAAUAUUCUCUAGAUAUUGCAUAUUUCCAGAGAUAUUAUCAGUGUUACAGUUGACCGUUGUUAAAUGAGUGAUGAUGAUGAUGAUGAACAUAUUAAAAUCUGUAGACUUCUCUUCAUUCAAAACCUCUUUAUCCUGUUUCGCACCAAAAUAGAAUCAAUUAGGAGACAUCAGUUUAUUGUUUAUCUGGGCUUAAAAAUUAAACACUGAUCGUCAAAUAGUUUAUAAAGGAAAAUAUUAGCCGGUAGCCUAAUCGUAAUGAAGUGCCGCAAGGGCACGUCCAUAUAGUAAUAGGAGCUUACGGAUAAUAGAGCAUAAAUCCGUGUCUAUGUCAUUAUCAGACUUCAUAACACCUGGCUUGUUCCCAAGAUGCACCGAGGCCAGCAAUUUGUACAGUACAGUACAACAUUAAUCAGACUAGGACAGUCCAUCUCUGUGUACCAAUGCGAUCACCCGAAGCCAUUUCUGACUAAACAACCGACCAUAAAAUCAGAGAGCUGUCAAGACAGAGUCUUUUUGUAUGUUUUUUUUUUUUCUCUCGUUUUUUUCACCUUUGUGUUGAAUGUUUUUUAUGGAUUUCAGUGCAGUGUAUUUGUAAAUGUGGUGCUUCAGCUUUGUACGGUAUAGUACUGGACGGUCAAGUCAAAACGUCACAAAGCGUUGCAUGCAGCUGAUGCCCAGCACCUCUGGUUGAAAUGUGAGCUUAUUUAAAAAUGAAGAAAUGUGCUUUCUUUUUAUUAUGUUCUUUCUCAUCUUUUGUUUGUUCGAUUGGUUGGUUUUAUUGUUUGUUUCUGUUUUGUUUGUGAUGUUGGCUUGCUGUUACAUUUUAUUGUGUGCCACUGCAUCUCGGCAUGUGUAUCAUUUGUUUACUCCCUAAAAAGAUCAUUACACUUCUGUUUUUUUUUCUAUAAAAAGCCUGUUGCUGUAUAUAUCACAAACCAAUGUGAGAAAUUAGAAGAAAAAAAAGCAUAUCAUAUAGAAAUCUAUUAUGGAUGAUAAAGGGAAAGUAUAAGUGUUGGCGGUUUGUUUGAAAUGUACAUAGUCUGUAUUAUACUUUUUUGUUUUUCGUUCAGCCAUCGCAUUGACGGUGUAGUCCUUUUCCACCUUAAAGAGACUCAUAUUAACAUGACACUGCUUCUGCUACCAAAUGUACUUAUUGAAUUUGUCAUAGGAUCUUCUUUAUUAAGCCGACUGUUACAUGACUCUCACCGCCUUUCAUGUGCGUCCACUCAAACAUACAUUUCUUUUCUUUUCUUUUUUACUACCAAAUGAGGAGAGGAGAACUAUGGUUUUAAUAUACAUUCUGUUUUUAAGUAGAUGACGAGACCCUAUUGAUGUUUAACUAUAACUGUGACCAUGUUGAGAACAUGAAAUAAAACAAUACACCAUAAACCUGUA